AUGAAAUUCCUUCCAUGCUUGACGCUCAUUGGCGUCGCUCCUUGGACCGUCAACGCACUGCCCAACCCGGAAGAUCUCACAGUCCUUGCCUACAGAGCCUGGGAUUUCCGUUUCCUCGGCGUAGCACCCCCGGCCUGCAACAGCUCCGUGAACAAUAUCCAAUACUCUAUUCUUCACUACUCCGGCGCCAGGGCACUCGACUGUCAGGGGUUAGAUACUACCUACUACAAUUCAACGAAUGUCAAGAGUCUCUCGUGGAAGAGCCCCUCUGACGUGAACCGGUAUGAUCUUUGCAUGUUCAGCUCGUCUGACUGCUCCGGUGGGGCGGAUGGUCUGCUAGGGAGCAUCACCAGUGGCUGGGAUGUGUGUUAUUUGUACAAUGGGUUCGAGUCGUGGACUGUUGUUCCAAAUGGGAGUGCUUGUGUUUAG